CACCUGCAAUGGGUUUUAAAUUUGUUUUAUUUGCACUAUCCGUGCUUAUUUAUCAGGUCAAAUCUCAACGAUGUGGUUGCCCAGGACCAGCACCAACAGUUAUUUCUGCACCACAAGUGAUAUCACCACCAGUAGUAGCUACAACAAUAAUCGAUAAUUCUGUAUCAAACGCCUUAGCGAAUGCUUUACAACUCCUAAUUGUUAGCGAUCUAAUUGAAUCCACAUUAGGACCUGCAUUAUGUUCUAAUCUAAACGUACCCAUCAUAGAAUCUCCAUACUGUGGACAAGUCGAAUUCAUACAGCAGGAAUACAUUACACCGUGUGGUCCAACUGUAGAAGUAUUACAGCCUUGUGGCACACCAAUGGUUGAAACAUUAACUCCUAACAUAUUCGGAGGUUAUACUGAAUCCUUUUCACCUCUCUACGGCGGUCCUAUUGUAGAAAGAUUGUCACCAAGAUUGCCUCUAUGUCGAUCUGGAACACUUAUUGAAAAAAUUCAACCUAACAUUUGCGGAGGAUAUGCAGAAACUUUUUCUCCUGCUUUUGGUCCUGGACCGAUCAUUGAAACGAUUCAACCUAACAUCUUCGGAGGUAUAACUGAGACGAUUUCAUCUUUAUACGGACCUCAGAUUGUUGAGCAAAUCUUCCCAAACGGUUGUGGUUUUACUGAGACGAUUUCACCAAACUAUUGUGGAGGUGUUACUGAAGUAAUCACACCAAAUUAUUGUGGAGGAAUAACUGAAGUUGUUGGACCAACUGCUCAGUUUAUACCCAAUUAUUAUGGCGGUGUAACUGAAAUCGUUUCUGGACCCCCAAUGGCUGCUGAAGUAUGUUUCCCUUCAUCGAUCCCUGCGCAACUAGCUUGUAACUUUGGGUACAAUGUACCCGCUAACACACCUUGCGUCAAUUUUAAUGUUGAGCCAUUGCCAUUUGACUCUUGCAAUAAUUUUGGCAAAUCGUUUUACUACUGAUUAUUUUAAGUUGUGAGUAAGACAUAAUAAAUUAUAAUGUGAUUUUAAGUAUAA